CCAAAGCUGAGAACGGAGUGAGUGAGGUCCUCUCUAGAUCAUUUAACAUUGUGGAGGAAGGUACAACAGAUAAGUACCUCCAGUCUGUAUCUACAUCCACCACAUCUACUGAUAUUAUACAAACCAUGGUGAAAGACCAGCAGGAGCUCACCCAGACCACCCAAUCAUCUGACAUGGUAUCUGGAACCUCCCUGCUCACCACUGGACAGGUUUCUGAGAAAAGAAUCUGGUCUGUUGCUCGUAAAAUCUACUACAGUCUGCAAAGUAAGAUUACGGAGUUUCUCAGAAAAGAUCUUCAAAGAUCAGACACAACACUUGGUUCAAUCCAAAUCUUUACAUAUCAAAGCAGUCCUGCAUCACAAAGAGCAAGUCUCGGCCAUCUUGAGGUCAACCAGAGCAGUGUUACACCUGGUGGAAACGAUGCCUGUGUGGACAUUCCGCACAAAUUACUACCUAAAACCACUGAGCUCUCAGGAUCCAUGCUGGAGGAUAUUGACACGAUCCGUUGUAGGAGUGCUGACGGCCAAAAUACAAGAAAUACCUCUUCUUCACGCUCUUCUAUCUCUCUAACACCUACUUCAAAAUUAAGGCAGUCGAAAUGGCACUUUGCUUUACCCGGGACUCCCAUCCCCACUGAGUUUCCUGCUCAGAUUGACUUUCCCAUUGUUAGAAACACAAUCAUUGAGGACUUCUUUCACACAGAGGACUUACUUCCUGUAACCUUUGUGGACAAAGUCAGGCAAGCUGCUGGGGUGGUAGUGGACAUUAUGGUGGAAAGUGUUGAGAACACACAGGAAGAUGGACAGGGUGCUUCUCAUCCUGACGACCUCCGAUCUGCUGUUAGGAAAUUGAGAAAAAUCAUUUCCACUUGGACCAUCCACAUUUUCAGUCAUGAAUUGGUGGAUAAAGUGAUAGCCCUUCAGGACAGCCACAGCACUCCACAGGUCUUAACAUUGGAAGCAGCCAAAAGUGCUUCAGACUCCAUUCUUUCAAGGCUGAAAUGGGGAAAUGAACAAUGUGCCAUAUCCAAGGAGCUCUCCUCUCAGCUUUUCCAGAUAUUUGCUGAAGAGACAGUGAAGUGCUUCCUGAGACAGUGGUCAGAUGAGUAUGAAAACAUAAACUUUGAUGUUUCAGUCCAGAACGAUCCAAAGACUUCUACUUGCAUGGUCAUUCUUCAAAUGAUCACCAAAGCCACUGCUAAAUGUUAUUUUGAGUCCGCUACCAGCGUGGCCACCAGUGACAUUGUAGAAGGCGUGUUUGAUUUGGAAAGGGAUACCAUCAGCAGUACUGGAGAGCAGGUCCUCACCUUCAAUACAAAGGGUUCCAAGAAUGUUAGUAAGAACCUCUGUCCUCAAGAGUCUCUGGAGUACCAGCCUCAGAACAUUUCCCCUACUGUGUACUUUACAGAGACGAUGACAAAAUCUCAUGGCUCCUUUUCUCCAGAGGGAAUUUAUGAUAUCGCAUCGUCCUUCCCACUUGAAGAGAAGAGUCGCAAACCCUCCCUUUUCACCAGAUUGUCUAGAUCCAUCACGAAAGGCUUUCUCAGCCCAUUCAAAUCUUCAAGGAAAACCACAUUUAUUUAAAUAAAUUCCUCAUUAUAACAACGAGAGCAUUCAUUUGUUCAGAUGAGAAUCUAAUCGUAUUGGUCACAUACGCCGAAAACAACUGUGAGAUGCUUUAUUACGAGCCCAUUCCCAACAAUGCAGAGUUAAAAAGUAAGAA